CAUAAUUUCCUAUGGCCACCAUUUUUUGCAUCAACUACAGCUUCUGGACGAAAUGCAGUUACAUUACAGUAAUCUACGUGUGAGGUGACCAGUACAUGAACAACAGAAACUGGCUUUCCCUAUCUAGGAACUCUAGGAAGUGACACCCAAUUUAGGACAGGAAGAUUCUCCACUUCGCAUUUCCAGGGACAUUUACCUGUUUGAACAUUUGCCUCAGAAACAGCAUGUUGCAAGAUGCAGUAAAGCCUUAUACAGUUAGCAAGACCAGGUCCCAUGGACUUUCUACAUUGCCAUGCUAUUAUAUCCUAUGACAUACAAUCAAGAUGAAACAGAUCUGCUGAAUUAAGCAUGGCCCCUGAUUAUAAUGGCUCACAGAACUGAGUGGUACUGGAAGGUAUAAGUUCCCCAAAGACCUGCUUGGCUUGAAUGUUGGCAAAAAAUAUGGCCAGUGGCUGCUUGUGCACCACCAUCUCUCUUGAUUCUCUCUGAUUACUUUCUGGGGACCCAGAAUAGGAUGGGUGAUGGACUUGUAAAGGGAGGUGCUAAUCUCCAUGGAGCCUUCUCUUCCCACCCCGUGGGUGCGGAAUCCCUCCAGGAUCAGAAGACUGCUUCAGACAUCCCAAAGUUCUAUGCUUUUCAAUUCUAGCCUAGACACCAAGCCCAGAGAUGUGGCCUCUGAGUCUGUGGGUCUCUUCUUCAUGCUUUUGAUUGAUUUGACAGCCAUUGUGGGCAAUGUAGCAAUUAUGACAGUCAUUAUCAAAACCCCAGCACUGAGGAAGUUUGUCUUUGUGUUCCACCUCUGCUUGGUGGAUCUUUUGGCUGCUAUUACCCUAAUGCCUCUAGCCAUGCUGUCCAGCUCAACUUUCUUUGAUGGCACAGUCUUUGAGGAUGCCAUAUGUCAUACCUAUCUCUUCCUGAGUGUUUGCUUCAUCGCCAUGUGCAUCCUUUCAAUCUCAGCUAUUAAUGUAGAGCGCUACUACUAUGUGGUGCACCCCAUGCGCUAUGAGGUCAAAAUGACUGUAAGCCUGGUCAUCUGUGUCCUGGUUGGUGUCUGGAUCAAGGCAGUAGUUAUGUCCAUCAUCCCCAUCCUGGGAUGGCUUUCCCAAGACCAUAUCAAUAGAUCCCCAGUCUACAAUGGACAGACCUGCACCUUGCAGUGGAGCCGAAGUGCCUACUGCAAGUUUUUUGUGAUUUUCUUUGCUGUUUUUUACUUUCUCCUGCCUAUCUCUAUUAUUUUGGUGGUCUAUUGCAGUAUGUUCAAAGUUGCCAGAGUAGCUGCCAUGCACCAUGGCCCACUCCCCACUUGGAUGGAUACCCCCCGGCAGCGGUCAGAAUCUCUUAGCAGUAGGUCUACAAUGGUGACUAGCUCAGGAGCCCCUCGAACUACCCCUCAGAGGACGUUUGGGGGCGGAAAGGCUGUCAUUAUCCUCCUAGCAGUGGGGGGACAAUUCCUCUUCUGCUGGCUGCCAUAUUUCUCCUUCCAUCUCUACUCGGUGCUGAGCUCCCAUUUCCCUGGCCAACAGACAGAGAAUGUGGUCACUUGGAUUGGCUAUUUUUGCUUCACGUCCAAUCCUUUCUUCUAUGGGUGCCUCAACCGACAGAUCAGAGGAGAGCUCAGCAAGCACCUCACCUGUUUUUUCAAGCAACCGCCGGAGGAGGACCUCAGGUUACCAAGCAGAGAAGGCUCCAUUGAGGAGAACUUCUUGCAAUUCCUGCAAGGGACAGGUUGCCAUGCCGAGGCCAGAAAUGCUCUUACCCAGCCUAGCCCCAAAAGGGACCAAGCUACCAUUGAUUUCCGGAUUCCAGGGCAAAUUGCAGAAGAGACCUCAGAGUUCCUGGAGCAGCACAUGAACAGCGAUAUCACUGUCUCUGAUACCUACAUCAGAGCAUCACGUUCACCAAAGCCUGAGCUGUAGCUAGGGGAUUUUUUUGCACUUGACAAUCUAGAUUUACCAAUGUGUGAAAUAAUGCAGAAUAUAGCAGCUGAUGAAGAAUGUGUAUGUUUGUAUAUGGGGGAGUAUUUAAUAAAUACACCAUGGCAAUUGAAACCUUUUCUCUCCAACACACUGCUCAAGUAAACCCACAUGAACACACACAAAACCAGCUGCUAUUAGUAUCCAAGUAAUUUCAUUUAAUUUUGACUAAUAUAGGAUGGUAAUCGCUCAUCCACCCCAUCAACUCAUUCUUAAGGUUUGUAGUUAGAAACAUCACUAUUCUGAAUAUUUUCUUUUCCUCUUUCUUUCAUUUGUUCCUUCCUUCCCUCCCUCCCUCCUCUAGUUAUCUUCUGCUUUGAACUCCUUCCCUCCACCUUCUAAUCAUGGCUGUCUUUGACUUGUAGGAUUAUAAAUGAGAGGGCUCACUGUUAUUUGGGUUAGGCGUGACUGAGCUACAAAAAGGCCCAGGGAUAGAUAGGAGCAAUAAUUGGAUGAAUAAUUGACCUUUAUGAUGUAGGGACACAUUUGACAGCUCCACAUUGCCCUGCUCUGAAGGAUUAUAUUGUCUUACUAUUAAAGAAGUCAGCAAAACUAAGGAAGUCACAGGAAGCUUUCCCUGUGGUUAAAAGUAAACAAGUCACUGAUGAUCUCAGUGGCUGGAUUCUUUUGUUACACUAAGCCAAAACAA